GGCCAGGGUUGCUCAGCUACUGUAGUGGAUAUAAACGUCAGACCCAGAAAGGUGGAGCUCUAGCGCUGGCGUUCACCAGCGGGUGAUGCAGCCCACCUGUCCCGGAAGUAGUGUUGCGUUGGAGGCUUGCCUUCCGGGGCAGAUUGUAUGUCGUUGCAGCAGCUGUAACAAGGGGAGGCCAUUUUCUGUUUCUAGGAAGAGUGAGGGCUAAGGGAGAGGGAAAAAGAAAAGGAAAAAAGGGCUCAGCGCCUCCCCGCCGAGCCGUGGACAGAGGGGCACUUUCGGCAGGCGGGUGAGGUCGCUGAGGGCCCAGAGGAGAUGUUUUCCCUCUCGAGUACGGUGCAGCCCCAGGUUACAGUUCCUCUGAGUCAUCUCAUCAAUGCCUUCCAUUCACCAAAAAACACACCUAUUUCUGUCAGUGCAUCAGCUUCACAAAACCAGCAUCGAGAUGUAGUUCCUGAGCAUGAGUCUCCUGGCAAUGAGCCUGUACUUAAUUUAAGAGACCUUGGAUUAUCUGAAUUAAAAAUUGGACAGAUUGAUCAACUGGUAGACCAUCUACUUCCUGGAUUUUGUAAAGGCAAGAGCGUUUCUUCCCAUUGGCAUACGUCUCAUGUCUCUGCACAGUCCUUCUUUGAAAAUAAAUAUGGUUACUUAGAUAUGUUUAGUACUUUACGUUCCUCUUGCCUGUAUAGACAACAUUCAAGAACUCUUAAAAGUAUUUGUUCAGAUCUUCAGUACUGGCCAGUUUUCAUACAGUCUCGGGGUUUUAAAACUUUGAAAUCAAGAACACGGCGUCUACAGUCCACCUCUGAAAGAUUGGCAGAAACCCAGCAUAUAGCACCAUCAUUUGUAAAGGGGUUCCUUUUGCGGGACAGAGGAUCAGAUGUUGAGAGUUUGGACAAACUCAUGAAGACCAAAAAUAUACCCGAAGCUCACCAAGAUGCGUUUAAAACUGGUUUCGCAGAGGGUUUUCUGAAAGCGCAAGCACUAACACAAAAAACCAAUGAUUCUCUAAGACGAACUCGUCUGAUUCUCUUCGUUCUGUUGCUGUUUGGCAUUUAUGGACUCUUAAAAAACCCAUUUUUAUCUGUCCGCUUCCGGACAACAACAGGGCUUGAUUCUGCAGUAGAUCCUGUCCAGAUGAAAAAUGUCACCUUUGAACACGUUAAAGGAGUGGAAGAAGCUAAACAAGAAUUACAGGAGGUUGUUGAAUUCUUGAAAAAUCCACAAAAAUUUACUGUGCUUGGAGGUAAACUUCCAAAAGGAAUUCUUUUAGUUGGACCCCCAGGGACAGGAAAGACACUUCUUGCUCGAGCUGUGGCUGGAGAAGCUGACGUUCCUUUUUAUUAUGCUUCUGGAUCAGAAUUUGAUGAGAUGUUUGUGGGUGUGGGAGCCAGCCGUAUAAGAAAUCUAUUUAGGGAAGCAAAAGCAAAUGCUCCCUGUGUUAUAUUUAUUGAUGAAUUAGAUUCUGUUGGUGGGAAGCGAAUCGAGUCGCCAAUGCAUCCAUAUUCAAGGCAGACUAUAAAUCAACUUCUUGCUGAAAUGGAUGGUUUUAAGCCCAAUGAAGGAGUUAUCAUCAUAGGAGCCACAAAUUUCCCAGAGGCAUUAGAUAAUGCCUUAAUACGUCCUGGUCGUUUUGACAUGCAAGUUACAGUUCCAAGACCAGAUGUAAAAGGUCGAACAGAAAUUUUGAAAUGGUAUCUCAAUAAAAUAAAGUUUGAUCAGUCUGUUGAUCCAGAAAUCAUAGCUCGAGGUACUGUUGGCUUUUCUGGAGCAGAGUUGGAGAAUCUUGUGAACCAGGCUGCAUUAAAGGCAGCUGUUGAUGGAAAAGAAAUGGUUACCAUGAAGGAGCUAGAGUUUUCCAAAGAUAAAAUUCUAAUGGGGCCUGAACGUAGGAGCGUGGAAAUUGAUAACAAAAACAAAACCAUCACAGCAUAUCAUGAAUCUGGUCAUGCUAUUAUUGCAUAUUACACUAAAGAUGCAAUGCCAAUAAACAAAGCUACAAUCAUGCCACGAGGCCCAACGCUUGGACACGUGUCCCUGUUGCCUGAGAAUGACAGAUGGAACGAAACUAGAGCCCAGCUGCUUGCACAGAUGGAUGUUAGUAUGGGUGGAAGAGUGGCUGAGGAGCUGAUAUUUGGAACUGACCAUAUUACAACAGGUGCUUCCAGUGAUUUUGACAAUGCAACUAAAAUAGCAAAGCGGAUGGUUACAAAAUUUGGAAUGAGUGAAAAGCUUGGAGUUAUGACCUACAGUGAUACAGGGAAACUGAGUCCAGAAACUCAAUCUGCUAUUGAACAAGAAAUUAGAAUCCUUCUAAGGGACUCAUACGAACGAGCAAAACACAUCUUGAAGACUCAUGCAAAAGAGCAUAAGAAUCUAGCAGAAGCUUUACUAACCUAUGAGACCCUGGAUGCCAAAGAAAUUCAAAUUGUUCUUGAGGGAAAGAAAUUGGAAGUGAGAUGAUAACUCUUAAAAUGGAUGCAUUGCUGGUUUUACUGCAAGAAUAUAUAAGUAGCAUUUCAGUAGUCUCCUUUUGCAAUGCUUUUUUCCCAUUCUUGACUUAGUAUCAUCACUUAAGGGUCUGAAACUCUAUGUUAGUCUUUUGUCACAUUUAAUCUAAUUUUGGUUAUUCUCAUGAUGACACCUAUUGCAAAUUAUUAGCCCAUAGCAAAUAUGUUAAAGAAAAUAAAGAACUAUUAGGAUUGAAAACAGCUGGUUUGAGCAAUGUCAAUCAGUUAUUAAGUUGAAAAUAAGUAAUGAUUUUAUGGUUGGUUCCUUUACCAGAUGUGAAUUAAAAUUGUGCCUUGGGCUUUUGGGAAGUAUUUUGUACUUGGCAGAGUAAAAUUGUUGAAGGAUUGUCUUUGUGUUUAGCUGGUCCCACUUACCUUUGAUAAAGAAAUGAUACCAUUUGGCUGUUGGUGAACCAUAUUUCUACAUAGGUCAGUGGAAACUUCAUUAGGAAGCACUUAAUUAUGCUCCAGAUUGUCCAUAUAUAAAAUAGUUCUGUUUUUGUUUUUGUCUGUCAAAGAGUAGAGAAUUGUAAACAUACAGCUAUCAUCAGAAUUUAAAUGAUUAUAAUCUUUUAGAAAUGCAGCUUGCAUUUUCAUUGUCUUUUUUUUUUAACAUCAUUAUCACUCUUACUAAUGAAAUUUAUUUCAAAGCAGCAAGUAUCUUGUUAAAUAAAAAGUAACUCACUUCAAAUUCUGAAUAACUAUAUAAUUGUGCUUGGUAUUGAAAGAAAAAUUAACCCCAAAUCUCAGUACCUUCUAAGUGAACUUGGGAUUACCCUGUGUUAGAAAUGGAAAGUUGUGUUUGCUUUUCAUUCAGAUUUUGUGAAUAAGAACAUGUUGUUACAGGAUUUACAGAUGACUUUAACUCAAUAGAAAAAUUAUUUUAGAGCUCAUUGUAUUGGUUUUACAACCAAAUUAUAUUCUUGAAGUGAUUUUAUUAAAAUUAUCUACAGUUUUCUAAUAACUUUUAAGCUGUAUAUGGUCUUCAUUGAAGAAGUUGAUAGAGGGAGUUUGCUAUACAAUAUCCUUUUCUCUUUUUUUUAAUGUAAUUUUAAAUUUUGAUCUAAUUUCAAAUUUAUAGAAAUGUUACCAAAAUAAUAAAAGGAGCUCCUAUAUACCCUUGGUCCAGAUACACCAUCCCAUUUGUUAAUUGCCCACCUCCCUUUCUCCCUUUCUUUUCUCCUUUCUUCUUCCCUCUCCCCCUCUCUGGUAUUUAUGUAUGUAUGUACACGUGUCUUUGUGUGGAUGCAUGUUUUUAUUUUUCUUGGAUAGACUUCUAAUAUUGAAAUUGCUAGGUCAUGUAGUAAAUUUCUGUUUACCUUUUUGAGAACCUGAUGAACUGCAUCUAUAUCAUUCUGUACAUCUUCUACAGUACUUAUAGUCUCUCUUUUUGAUAAAGCCAUUCUAGUGUGAAUGAAAUAUUAGCUCAUGGAUCUGAUUUACAUUUAUCUACACUAGUGAUAUUGAGCAUCCUCUCCUUUUUUAUUGGCCAUUUGUAUAUUUUCUUUGGAGAAAUGUCCGUUCAGACCACCCCAUUACUUUUGGGUUGUUUGUCUUAUUACAUGUUGUAAGAGAUAUAUAUUCUAAAUACAGUUCCCUUAUCUUGCUUUUUUGAUCCAGUCUGACAAUCUCUGUUAUUUGAAUGGAGUGUUUAGUUCAUUCAAAUUUAGUAUUGAUAUAAAUUGUCUUUACAUCUCCCAUUGUGCUUUUUGUUUCCUGUUUCUCAUAUCUGAAGAGAUAGAUCCUUGUGUUCUUCCUUUUUUGAGUUACAUAUCAGUGGUUGACCUAGGGAUGACUGUGUGCAUCUUAUCAGUCUGCGUUAAUUCUGGUAAAAUGGAGGAACUUUAUUUCAGUAGAUCUCAUUUUCUUCUCUGUGCCCUUAUUUUCAUAUGUUAUGUCUGUGCAUGUUACAGCAACUCAACAAUACGGUGAUGUAACUAGUGCUUUAUAUAAUUUUAUUCCUUCAGUCUUUGCUGAGAAUGUUUUUUAUUUUGCCUUUGUUUUUUGAGGGGGGAUAGUUUUGCUGGCUAUAGAAUACGUGGUUGACAUUUUUUUUUUUAUUCACUCGUUUUGAAUAUGUUCUCCCACAGACUGCUGGCCUCUAUUAUUUUUUGUUAAGAAGUCAUAUGUUAAUUGCAAUUCUGGUCUCCUUUUGUGAUAGGUUUUUUUCUCUUGCUGAUCUCAAGGUUUUGUUUUGUUUUGUUUCUCUUUGUCUUUUACCAGUUUGACUAUGAUGACGUGUUUAGGUAUGGAUCUCCUUAUGUUUUUCCUAGUUGGGAUUUAUUGAGCUUCACGUGUAGAUUAAUAUUUUUCAUCAAAUUUAAGCAAUUUUUGGCAAUUAUUUCUUCAAAUAUAUGUAUCUGUCCUUUUCUAUCUAUUCCUUCUGGGAUUCUCCUUACAUGUGUUGUUGGUACAUUUAAUGUCAAUCUGGUCUCUGAGGCUUUGUUUGUUUUCUUCAUUGUUUUUUCUCCCUGUCCUUUUGAGAUUGAAUGAUUUCCGUUGAUUCUUAAAUUCACUCAUUCUUCUGCCAUCUCAAAUCAAUUGAAUUUUCCAUUUCAGGUACUAUAUUUUUCUGCUCUAAGUUUCCAUUCAAUUCUUUCAUUUACUUUGUAUCUUUUUAUUGAGAUUCUUCUUGCAUUGCAUCAUUUUCAUCAUGGUUUUCAUUAAUUCUUUAAACAUGGCUUCCGUUAGUUCUUUGAACAUGUUCAUAGAGCUGCUUUUAAAUCUUUGCUAAAUCUACCAUCUGGAAAUACUCAGGCAGUUUUAUGUAAUGCUUUUCUUCCUUAGUGAGGGUCAUACUUUCUUGUUUCUUUGCUUUGUAAUCUUAUUGAAUUACAGAUAAUGUAGCAAUUAUGGAUUCUGAUUUAGUAACAGUAACUUGCCUCCAGUUAAUUUAUGAAGUUCCUCUCUACUACAGUGUGCAGCCAUUGAUGUCUCUUGUUCAUUUUUAAAAAUUUUAAAAUCUUGCUUCCUGAGGGUUGCUGCUGUACCUGCCUAGCUUAGCAUUUAGGCAAAGAUUGGACAGAAGUUGUGUUCAAACCGCAUCAUUCAGGCUUUCCACUCUGCUGAUGGAUCUGUGUGGGCUUGCAAGUCCAUUCAACAUUUGGGUCAUUUUCAAGACUGCUCUGGUUUUUGCUUUCUAACAGGCUUUUUGCUUCUCCUUUUUUGUGUAUGUGCACGCCUUGGCAACCAUGGAUACGUGGGUGGUUUGAACCAGCUUCAGUUUCUACUCUGCAUGCCUCCGGUAAAUCUGGAGUAUAUGGAGUGCUUAUCAACUCCAGAUGGCUGUCUUACCUCCCAGAACUUCCAGUGAAAUACCUUGCUACUCUUACCUUGUUUGCCCCAGACAGGACUGCACCCUCAGUCUAGAUAACUCUGUGUGCUUAGCAUGGAGAUCACCACUUUGACUCACUCUGCAUCAGGUCAAGCAAGUCCCUUCUGACAGUGGCAGCAAGUUCUGACGUGGGAAGUGAGAGCACAGCACCACAGACUCACACAGCUCUUACCAAAUUUCAGUGAUUUUCAUGAAUAAAUACUUCUUAGUUUAUUAUAGGUCUUUAGUUAGUUCCAGAGUGCUGUAAUGGUUUUUAUUCCACUUCAUAGUUUGUUUUGUUUUGUUUUUAAGUUGGAAUGAUUUGUCAACCUCCUCACCUCAUCAUACUGAAUCUGCCUCACUUAUUUUGAAUCAUACUCCAACCAAAGCUGUUUAAUAAGAAUGGACUUAGGGAGGACUGGUAAACUUUGCAGAGCUAUCCAUUCAAAGCUACCAGAAUGCCACCGUUUGCCAUGUAACCUCUAUCUAUUAAGUUGAGUACUUUUGGUAAUGGAUACAUGUUUUAUUUUAGAUAUUUGUAUUUGUUUAUAUUCAUUUUAAAGUAAAUACUGAGUUACUUCAAUCCAGCUGGUUAUAUUUCUUACUGUAAGUAUGCAGUAUUUUAAUAAAAUAUGUUGGUGGAAUGUAGACUUGAUCUUUGGACUGAAAAAAUAGCACCUAGUAGUGGUCAUAAGAAUUUGGAGAGUUGAUACAUUUGAACUGAGGAUUUUAUUUCUAUGCCAAUUUUCCUGCCCCUAGUUUUUCACAAGUAAAUCCCAGUUCUCAUAAGCAAGAAUGUGGAUCCCCCACCCCACUUAGACCACAGACUUCCUUUAUAAAGUUCUAUAUAAAUGCUAUGUUGCUGUCAGUUGCAUCAUACAGUAAUACAAUGAGUAGGUAAUCUGUUCUGAAUUUGAGAAUGCAUUUUAGGAAAGAAAACAGCUAAUUUAAAGCUGCCAAAGGAGAAGGGUGAGAAGGUACUCAUUUCUCAUAAAACCUAAUUGGGGGGGUACCUAGGUGGCUCAGUUGGUUAAGCAUCUGACUCUUGACUUUGACUCAGGUCAUGAUCUCACAGUUCGUGAGUUCGAUCUCCACAUCGGGGUCUACUCUGGCAGUGCAGAGCCCGCUUGGGAUUCUCUCUCUCUCUCUCUCUCUCUCUCUCUCUCUCUCUCUCCCUCUCUUUCUCUGUCCCUCUCUUGCUUGCUCUCACUCUCUUUCUCAAAAUAAGUAAAUAAACUGAAAAAUUAAAAAAAAAAAAACUAAUUUGAAGGGCUUGAUGUGAGUCUCUUGCAGUUCUGGAAAUAUAAGUUUUUGACUUAUACUCAGGAAAGCUGGAACCUGAGAGGGUGGAUAAGGUGCUUUCCCUAAUGAAGGGAGAAGAAUUCUAAUGUGUUGAGACCAUCCCGCACUCUCAGCAUUUGGUUUGACAAAAACUGCUUGAGUGCUUAUGAAGGACCAGAUAUUUGUCAAGAAUGAAGGAGAGUGAACCAUUGUGGGGGAUCCAUUUACCAUACAAAAGGGUUGCUUAGAGGUGCAAAGAGGCCUCAGAAGAGGAUAGUCCAAAGUGGAUCUCUGGAUUCCUUGAAAGCUAAGAAGAAAGAAAACCCACAAGAAUGGAUUGCAUUAACUCAGGUCAGGGGAGUUGCAGGUGAAGACAGCUAGGAGUACAGGAAUGCCCCUGAGAAAAAGUCAACUUUAAAAUAAUUGCGGGGCGGGGUAUGCCUGGGUGACUCAGUCGGUUAAAUGUCCACCUUUGGCUCAGGUCAUGAUCUCACAGCUUGCGAAUUCGAGCUCCAUGUCUGGCCCUGUGCUGACAGCUCAGAGCCUGGAGCCUGGUUUGGAUUCUGUGUCUCCCUCUCUGCCCUUCCCCUGCUCAUGCUCUGUCUGUCUGUCUGUCUGUCUCUCUCUCUGUCAAAAAUAAGUAAACAUUAAAAAAAAUUUUUUUUAAGUAAUUGCUUGGGUGCCUGGCUGGCUUAUCAGGUAGAAUAUGUGACUCCCUCUCUCUUUUUUUUUAAUGUUCAUUUAUUUUGAGAGACAGAGAGUGUGUGCAUAUGUGUGAGUGAGGGAGGGGCACAGAGAGCUGGAGAGAGAAUCCCAAGCAGGGAUUAUCCGUGCUGUCAGCAGAGAGCCCUACUCAGGGUUCAAUCCCAUGGACCAUGAAAUCAUGACCUAAGCAAAAUCAAGAGUCAGACACUCAGUCAACUGAGCCACCCAGGUGCUCCUAGAGCAUGUGACUUUUGAUUUCAGGGGUCAUGAGUUCGGGCCCAACGUUGGAUAUAGAGUUACUAAAAACAAA